CCACCCUUCCCUUUAGCUGGGCAGGGGUGGGGGGAGGGGCCGGGCUGAGCUGCAGCCGCGGUGCUCCGGGAGGGCAGGGCCAGGCAAGGGCGGGACUGGCCCGAGGCAGGCGGACUGGAGUGCGGUGAAGCUAACGGGUCCGGGCGCGGGAGGCGGCGGCGGCGGCGGCGGCGGCGGCGGCGGCGGCAGCUCUCUGCACGGGCGGAGGCGGCAGGAGGAGCGGCAGGCAUGGCCCGCGCGGCGCCCAGCGCAGACUGAGAGUCAUGCUGUGACAGCCUGCCAGGUGAGGAAGAGCCUGCCAGGGGAUUACUACUGGCAGAAGCCAAGGGCAGGACAUGUCAAUCCAGAAACAGAAGUAGGCAGGACAGCUGCCCUGCCGAAGGAGUCUGGAGUCCUAAUGAGGAGCUCCACACAAGCUCUGCUGACCCACAUGGCUUAGAGUCUGGCACCUUGCUGAGCAGCAGCUGUUCUCAGCUCCAGCGGACCCCACAGCACAGGGUUGGUGCUUUGUGAUCCACUGUGCCACUGCAGCUGGAGCUGCUGCGAUCUUCAGGAGAAAGGACCAGUGCCUCUGAUGGGAAGCAGCAGGCAGGACGCUCAUGAAGAUCACUGGUUUUAGCUGGACCAGGCCGGCCUGCAAGUGUGAAGAGGACUCGUGCAUGGAACGCAGCCCCCCUGAAGCCCAUGUGCUCUCUGCCGUAAUCAGGGUUCCAGGGAUUCCCCACUGCAGGGGAGGAGGGGCUGCCUUAGCGCCUGCUCAUGAGCCACAAGGAUCCAGACUGCUCCAGACUGGACUUUUUCAAGCCACCAAAGAGGGGGGUCCCUGGAGCUGGCAGCCAGCACUCACAAGGGACUAGAGGGCUGGGAUGGACUGACCUCUGCCUUGACGGGGUGGCAGAAGACGCAGAGCCUUUGUGGCCCAGCUAGUGACUGAGAGACCUGAGGACGUUCUGAGCAGAGGCUUCAGUGGCUCAGGGAUGGGGGAAGGGAGGGAGACUAUGCCUGCUUUCUCCUUUUGUUGAGGGAAGGUGUGGUAAGAGUCCCCGGUCACACUUUGUGCCCCUAUGUCCUUUCUACGUGCUGCCAAAACAAUCAGGCUGCCCUGUGUUUGGCCCCACAGUGGGCCAAGAAAGGAUUGGCCACGGUGACAGCUGCUCCGUGGCCAGCAUGAUGAAGUGCUCCCUUCGAGUGUGGUUCUUCUCUAUGGCCUUCCUGUUGGUGUUCAUUAUGUCUCUGCUCUUCACCUACUCACACCACAGCAUGGCUACCUUGCCCUACCUGGACUCAGGGGCUCUGGGUGGCACACACCGGGUGAAGCUGGUACCAGGCUAUACCGGACUACAACGCCUUGGCAAGGAGGGACUUUCGGGGAAAAGUUGUGCCUGCAGUCGCUGCAUGAGUGACGCUGGCACCUCUGAAUGGUUUGACAGCCACUUUGAUGGUAACAUCUCACCGGUCUGGACAAAAGAUAACAUGAACCUCCCCCCAGAUGUCCAGCGAUGGUGGAUGAUGCUGCAACCCCAAUUCAAGUCACACAACACCAACGAAGUGCUGGAGAAGCUAUUUCAGAUCGUGCCUGGUGAGAACCCCUACCGCUUCCGGGACCCCCAACAGUGCCGGCGCUGUGCUGUGGUUGGGAACUCAGGCAACCUUCGGGGCUCUGGCUAUGGGCAAGAAGUGGACGGCCACAACUUUAUCAUGAGGAUGAAUCAGGCACCGACUGUGGGCUUUGAGAAGGAUGUUGGCAGCCGAACAACUCACCAUUUCAUGUACCCGGAGAGUGCCAAGAACCUGCCUGCCAAUGUCAGCUUCGUGCUGGUACCCUUCAAGGCCCUGGACCUAAUGUGGAUUGCCAGUGCCCUCUCCACAGGACAGAUCCGAUUCACCUAUGCCCCAGUGAAGUCCUUCCUUCGAGUGGACAAAGAGAAGGUCCAGAUUUACAACCCAGCCUUCUUCAAGUACAUCCAUGACAGGUGGACCGAGCACCAUGGGCGCUACCCUUCCACAGGAAUGCUGGUGCUCUUCUUUGCACUACAUGUGUCCCACAUCAUUGACAUGCUGGCCAAGGCCAGCAAGAUCGAGGUCUACCGAGGGAACUGAGCAGCCCUGGGCGCCUUCAGAACCAGUCACUUCUGGGUCCGGCAAGCGCCGGUUGCCGCCCACCAAUCAGAUUGCACCGCCCCCAGCAACCAAUCAGUGCUGCAUUUGGGAGGAGCUUCUUUCUUAGCCAAUCAUGCAACUCAAGGAGAACUUCCGGCGCCGCCG